ACACACACGGAUAACAAUAUGUAUAUAUAUGAGGUCUCGGCCAAAGUUGUUCAUAAACUCUUUGAAAGACCAUCAGAACCACACUCCACCAACGAGCCUGUAUUUCUGAACGAGAAUGAUUUCAAUCCUUGCCAAGAUCAUCGCGGUUGCAGUUCUGGUGCAAUUUGCAUUCAGUGCAGUUAUUCAAGAUGUAGAUUGUCCAGAGGGCGUUCAGAUCAAUGAAUUAUUUCGUUAUCAGGGACAGUGUUCGGAGUGCAACUGUACAGGGACUUUGGACUUUACCGUUAAUAAAGAAACUGGACUUCCAAAUAUGCAUAUCUUAAUGAAGGGACCGUGUAAAACAUGCGGUUCACAAAUGCAUAACUGUGCGGAAACGGAGAUAGUCAAUCCCGAUGCAGAUUAUCCGGCUUGUUGUGAGGAAAGGUGUGUAACCAACUCCGGGUAAACACAGAACGGAUUUCUUUAUUUUGUUGAGAAGACUCUAAAGUCUGACUCUAGAUUCAUUAUAAUAAAUUCUCUGAAUGAAUAAAUUGAAUUAAUUAUGCUAAUGA